CAGUUGCAUUUGCUAGCAGACCAGUAGCCAUCUAGCGAGAGCCGGAAAUCGUAGGUUCCCAGCUCGUUCGAAUCUAACAAAACUCUAUUUCUCUCACAUUAUCUUUUUUAUAUUUUUCUAAAACUUUCAUUUGUCUUCCUUCCUACCUUCUACCUACCACUUUAUCAAUUUUUCUAUCCUCUUAUAUUUUUGUCCUUUCAUUUUCUAUACGCGCAAGGUUUUGUGUAAGAUCGAUUUCUAUCCACCCUCGAGGUGGAUCCGAGGGAUCAAUUAAAUCCACCUGUUAACGGAUCGCCGAUAGAUCCGAGAACGGAAAGGUCUGCGGCGAAAUGGAUAACACAGAUGAUGAUCUAAGGACAGCAGUCGAGUUGUAUAUAUACGAUUUAUCAAAGGGUAUGGCAGCAAUGAUGUCUAAUAUGCUGAUAGGUAGACAUUUGGAAGGAAUAUGGCAUACGGGGAUCGUUGCUUAUGGUAGAGAAUACUUUUUUGGUCCAGCUGGAAUACAAAGUGUCAGGCCUGGUGGUACGCAUUUGCGCGAGCCGCAAAAAGUCGAGAAGAUUGGUGAAACUUAUCUACCCUAUUCUGUUUUCCUUGAAUACAUCAACGGCCUGGGAACAUCCACAUUUGCACCGGGUACGUAUAAUCUCUUCAAGCACAACUGCAACACUUUCACGGAAGAAGUUAGCAAUUUUCUGGCGGGAACAGGAAUUCCUAAAUACAUCCUCGAUCUUCCGGAAGAGAUAUUACAAACGCCAAUUGGACAAGCGUUAGGACCUUUGAUAGAAAGUUUAAGUAGCAACGCAAACGCAGGUUUCACGGUAGGCCAAAGAUUCGUUGAAGCGAGAAUCGACAGGGAGGCUUCUCCAGAAUACCAGCUUUUGAAUACAGCAAUCGAGGAGGCGAGAUUGAACUCGAUCGCGUUAGAGGAAAGGAGAAACGUGAUAAACGAGAAGCUCGCUAAGAAGGAUAGGAAGAAGAAAAAGAAGAAGAAGGAAAAGAAGGAAAAGAGUAGCAAAGAUAGCACAGGAAGUGACAAUAAUAGCACAGGGCCCAGCAAUUGCGCGGACAUGGCGGAAAGCGAGGGUGCAGUUAGCGAGAUGCAAGCGACGAACGGUGCAACGAUGGAAAUGUUACCGUCCGAUAGGGUAAUGCAAAUGGAGGAAGAAGAGAAACGGGAACAGGAAGAGAAGAAACGGCAACGUGAUCCUCCUAUAGUAUUUAAAGACACGGUCGAUGUAAAAGCGGAAUACGAGACGUUAGUCAACUGUCUAGAAGGAAAAUUAAACGACGAGGAGAGAACGUGUUUGACCGAGCUUCGACAAUACGUUCUAGAGAACGAAGGUUCUUGGGCCUUGGGAGAUUAUUUUUUAAAUUUUGUCGGACGCAUACUUUACGACAAAUCCUUAACAACCGAGGCAAGGGUGAAACUUCUCAACGUUCUUUCCGUUGCCGCUUUGAAAGACGACGUGAUUCUUCUUUUGCAUCAAGAUAGAAGGGAACAUAUUCUCAUGAAUUAUGCCUUCGAUAUAGAUCGUCAUCCUCCGGAAGAACAAUUACCGCUUGCCGAAUUUUUGGCGAACAUGUUUGAGAAUCUGAGCAGUUCCGAGUGGUUACUUUACAUAUCCGAAUGGCAACAUCACAAUCAAAGUAUCAGCAACAUAAGAGUGACAACGAAGGUUGCUGUCCACUCCUUGCUAUCCAAUUCAUUCGAGUUGCAAACCCGUGGUGCUGCCAUUAUCCAUAACUUAGCCUGCAAGGAGGUAAAAACUGUGGUAUUUGACGAUGUCGCCAUUGAACUUACAAUGGCUUUGCUGCAAUAUUUCAACGGAAGUCCAGCAGAAGAACAGCUUUACGCGUGUAUGAAGUCCUUGGCGCGUUUCACACAAAUCAGUGGACAGGAUGUACCCCAAUUGAUACAGAUGAUCGGACCAGAACCAAACAAAUUUCGUGGAACUUCUGAGAGAGUCGACGAACUGAUCGAUCAAGUCAAUAAGAAGCUACGUUGA